CAACCAGCACCACAGCCCCUCCCUCCGCCCCCACCUCGCGCAAGGCACCACCGCACGCCGCCCGCCUCCGCAUCGCCGCAGACCCCAUCUCUCCCGCCGCCCGCAUCAGCGCCGCCCCCGAACUCGAACCCGAAUCCCGCCCCGUCGCCGCCGACGCCGAGGUUCUCCUCGACCUCCACCACGCCGGUGAGCGAGUACCCCUUCACCAACUACCCCUUCUUCCCCUCCUUCUCCCCGCCGCCGCCUCCACCCUCCACCGCAGACCAGCAGGCCCAGCCCUCGGCAGACGGCGACGCGUCCCGAACCUUCCCGGCCAACAUCUCCACCCUGGUGGCCCCCAACGCCGGCAGCAGCAGUAACCAGGGGCAGGGCGGGAACUCCCGCGGCAUCCCGGUGCUGCAGGCGCUGCUGCUCGCCUUCCUCUCCCUCUGCCUGCUGCUCCUCUCCGCGCUCCUCUCGCUCCACCUCUUCCGCCGCCUCCGCAGGCACCCCUCCGGCCACCGCCGCGCCGCCAACGGGGCGGCCUCCUCCACCACUACAUCGGCGCGGCGGGACGCCGAGCUGGACGAGGAGGAGGACAGCGACGAGGAGGGGCGCAGGCUCAAGCCGCCGCCGAUGCCCACCUCCUCCUCCAACCCCAGCACCGAGUUCCUCUACCUCGGCACGCUCGCCACCCCGCCGCCGGGGACUGCUCCGCCCCCCUCGCACCCCCGCCCCGGCUCGCCCGAGCUCCGCCCGCUCCCGCCGCUGCCCCGCGUCGGCCCGCCCUCCGGCGAGUUCGGCUCCCGCAGCUCCGCGUCCGACCCCAGCACCGUGCCCCGCGUCGGCCCGCCCUCCGGCGAGUUCGGCUCCCGCAGCUCCGCGUCCGACCCCAGCACCGUGCCCCGCGCGGCCGCCGGCGACGCCUCGUCCUCGUCCCUCUCCCCUUCCUCCCCCUCGGCGUCCUCACCCACGCUCGGCUCCAGCCCCGUCCACAUCCGCCCGCCGUCCAUCCCGCAGCCCCGCGGCCGAGCCCCCAAACGGAGGCCGCCGCCGCCUCCACCACCAGCUCAAUCGUGGAACCCCUUCGUGCCCGUCCCGCCGGCACAAGCCGCUCCCCCCUCCGACGACGACGGCGACUCCUCCUCCACCAUUGCCGCGGCGAUGCACAAGUCCCGGCCGCUGCACUCCGACAAGCUCAACCCCGGAUCUCUGCACAUGAAGGACGAGAUGAUCCAGCUCUACCUGAACAACUCCGCCGCCGCGGCCGCAUCGGCGGCGAGGGAGGUGUGCCUGCUCGGUGCGCCGAGGUGCCACGGCAUUGGCACGGUGCUGGGUGCACUGGGUUUCUCCGAGGAGCAAGUGCGUGAUGCGCUCUUGGAAGGUAAUGCACAUGGUUUGGGAUUGGAAGCCCUGCAGAUGCUCGCUCAGUUGGUUCUCACCAAUGAGGAGGAGCUUAAGCUCAGAUAUUACAAGGAUGACCCACCUGCCAAGCUUUGCGCGGUCGAUGCCUUUCUGAAGACGAUACUGGAUGUGCCGUUUGCAUUCAAGCGAGUCGAUGCUAUGCUCUAUGUUUCUAGCUUUUAUCUGGAGGUCAAUCAGCUGAGGAUGUCCUACGCUACUCUCGAGGCAGCUUGCGAGGAGCUGAGGAGCAGCAGGCUAUUCCACAAGGUUCUUGGGGCAGUCCUCAACUUUGGCAACAUGAUGAGCAUCAACACAGGCUCUCCAAACUCACAUGCCCUGGAGCCCAACACGGUCCUGAAGAUAGUCGACGUCAAAGGCGCCGACGGCAAGGCGGCGCUCCUGCAGUUCGUCGUCCAGGAAAUCAUGAAACCCGAAGGCCGCAACAAUCUGAACCCGGCAUGGAAGACGGACGCGAGCAUGAGUCCGCCGUACGACGUCGACUGCAGGAAGCACGGCCUCCAGGUGGUCUCGAAGCUCGCCGCGGAGCUGACCAGCACCAAGAAGGCGGCGUCGGUCGACAUGACGGGCCUCAGCCGGAGCGUGUCGGAGCUCGGCGUCGGCCUCGGGAAGGUCCAUGACGUGCUGAGGCUGAACGGCAUGGCGGCCUCGGCCGAGAGCGCCCGGCGGUUCCACAACGCGAUGAGCGCGUUCCUGCGGCAGGCCGAGGAGGAGAUCGUCAGGCUCCAGGGCCAGGAGAGCGUGUGCCUGUCGUCGGUGCGGGAGAUGGCGGAGUACUUCCAUGGCGGCGAUGAGGUUGGCGAUGGCGACGGCGAGGCUCGCUUGUUCAGGGUCUUUGCGGGUGUCCGGGAGUUCGUGGCCAUGCUCGACCGGAUCUGCAGGGAGGCCGGGGAGGUCCAGCGCGACCGUGUCGGCUCGACGCCGGUGAGCUGGGUGGCUCCCAUGGGGACGACGCCCUGAGCUGGUGAUGGUUCUGUCUGGAAAUUGUUAUGAGCAUGGAUCUAUUUUGGUGGAACAUAUUAGCAUGAAGUUGUGUCGAGAACUGUUAUGUUUCCCUACUAGUGUAGACCAGAACAAUAUUGAACCUCUCUAUAUAGUGUAGUAAUAGUAUGUUGUAUAUAGAUGCAUUCUAAGUUUAGAUUCAA